AUGAAGACCAAGAAUCGGCCCCCCAGGCGCCGGGUGCCCGCGCAGGACCCCGAGGCUGCCGCUGGGGCGCGGAGCCCGGACAGGCCCCAGCAGGGCUCGGGGCUGGAGCUGGCCAAGGGUCUGCGCAGCAGGACCGUGCGGGCACAGGGGGCGCGGGCCGAGGGUGGGCGCAGGCGGCCGGGGACCUCGGGACCUGGGGGCCGCCGGGAGAACAGCAUCCAGCGGCGGCUGGAGAGCAAUGAGCGCGAGCGGCAGCGCAUGCACAAGCUGAACAACGCCUUCCAGGCGCUGCGAGAGGUCAUCCCGCACGUCCGGGCCGACAAGAAGCUCUCCAAGAUCGAGACGCUCACCCUGGCCAAGAACUACAUCAAGUCGCUGACCUCCACCAUUCUGACCAUGUCCAGCGGCCGCCUCCCGGGCCUGGAUGGGCCGGGCCCCAAGCUCUACCAGCAUUAUCAGCAGCAGCAGCAGGCGGUGGCUGGGGGCGCGCUGGGCACCACUGAGCCCCAGCCCGAAGGCCACCUGCAGAGGUACUCCACGCAGAUCCACAGUUUCCGGGAGGGCUCCUAGCGCCUGGCCUGGGGGUCCACGGCCCAGCCCGGCCCUGCUGCCUCUGUGCCGAGAGCCCCAGUUUGGUGGGGACACCCCACGUGGAUGUGG